AUGGCUUAUGGUAAUUCGAGAUCUGUAAGAUUCCAAGAUGAUCUUGAAGCAACAAAGUAUGCACCAGCUCAUGAAGAUAAUGUGGUCAAGGUGAAGCAUAAGCUUGAUGGAGUACGACAAUCAGAGCCAGCCAGUAGAAAGAGUGAUAAGAAGUAUGACGGGGGUAGAAAAUCCCUGAAAUCUAAAGUACUAUCACGAGUUUUUUCAGAAGACUAUGAAAGAGUGAACAAAAAGAUAUUGGAUCCUCGAGGACAUGUAAUUCGUAACUUGAACAAGAUUUUCUUAGUAUCUUGUUUAGUUUCAUUGUUCGUAGACCCCCUAUUGUUUUACUUGCCAGUCGUUAACCAAGAUAUCUGCUUAGAUAUAGGAGUUACUCUGGAAAUUAUCCUCACAGUUAUUAGAUCAAUAGCUGAUAUCUUUUACGUGAUUCAGAUUUUUGUUCGAUUUAGAACUGCUUAUGUUGCUCCAUCUUCUCGUGUAUUUGGGAGAGGAGAGCUUGUUAUAGAUACUUCGAAGAUAGAACAAAGAUAUAUUAGAAAAGGUCUCUUGAUUGAUGUCAUUGCGGCCCUGCCUUUACCUCAGGUGUUGAUUUGGGCUGUUAUCCCUAAUUUAAGGGGCUCAACAAUGGCAAACACGAAGAACGUCCUAAGAUUCAUUAUCAUUUUUCAGUAUCUCCCUAGACUUUAUCUCAUAUUUCCAUUGUCGUCGCAAAUUGUCAAGGCUACUGGUGUUGUGACUGAAACAGCAUGGGCAGGAGCUGCUUACAACUUGAUGCUCUACAUGUUAGCAAGCCAUGUACUGGGAGCUUGUUGGUAUCUUCUAUCAAUUGAGAGGCAAGAAGCUUGUUGGAUGUACGUGUGCAAUCUUGAGAAGCCGUCUUGUGAUUAUGGAUAUUUUGACUGUCAGAGUAUAAAUGAUCCACAAAGGAAGUCCUGGUUCAAUUCCAGCAACAUUACAAGACAAUGUGACCCAAAUAAAAGUGAUUACCCAUUUGGUAUUUAUGGUGACGCGGUGACAGUUAGCGUGACAUCUGCUUUGUUUUUCAACAAGUACUUCUACUGCCUCUGGUGGGGCUUGAAGAACCUAAGUGCUCUAGGACAAGAUCUUUCUACAAGCACUCAUAUUGGAGAAAUAAGUUUUGCCAUCAUAGUUGCAACGCUCGGCCUGGUUCUUUUUGCCUUGCUCAUCGGCAAUAUGCAAACAUACCUUCAAUCGACAACAGUCAGAUUAGAGGAGUGGAGAAUCAGGAGAAUGGAUACAGAACAAUGGAUGCACCACAGGCAGUUACCUCAAGAAUUAAGGCAGUCAGUAAGGAAAUAUGAUCAAUACAAAUGGAUUGCUACAAGAGGAGUUGAUGAGGAAGCUCUUAUCAAAGGACUUCCUCUAGAUCUUCGCAGAGAUAUCAAACACCACCUCUGCUACGAUUUAGUUCGAAGAGUACCACUGUUUGAUCAAAUGGAUGAAAGAAUGCUAGACGCAAUAUGUGAGAGGCUAAAGCCUGCAUUGUGCACUCAAGGCACUUGUCUUGUGCGCGAGGGUGAUCCUGUCAAUGAAAUGCUCUUCAUAAUUCGAGGGAAUCUUGAUUCUUACACCACGAAUGGUGGCCGCACUGGUUUCUUCAAUUCUUGCCGUAUAGGUCCAGGUGAUUUCUGUGGGGAGGAGCUGCUGACAUGGGCUCUCAAUCGACGUCCAAGUGUGAUUCUACCAUCCUCCACUCGAACAGUGAAAGCAGUUUCUGAAGUAGAGUCAUUCGCACUUGUUGCAGAGGACUUGAAGUUUGUGGCAGCACAGUUUCGGAGGCUGCAUAGCAAACAACUGAGGCACAAAUUCAGGUUCUAUUCGCACCAGUGGCGUACUUGGGCUGCAUGCUUCAUUCAGGCUGCAUACCGUAGAUAUAAAAAACGAAAGGGUGUAGCUGAACUUGAGGCUCUAGAGAAUUUGGUGAAUGCAACAGAGUCGUUUAGUGGGCAAUUGGAUAUGAAUGCACCAUCACCUAGAUCAGGUUUUGCAGAAUAUGCAACAAGAUGGGCAGCAAGUAGAAGGGGUCUUCACAAGCACUCUGAUUCAGAUUCCUCUGCAGUUAGUUCAUUACAAAAGCCAGAAGAACCUGAUUUCUCUGUUGAUGAUGAGUAACUUUGAAAAGUGAUCCAGUUGUAACUUGUAAGAUAAGGUUACUGGGAAUAUCUCACAUUUCCCCAAUGAUUAACAGAUUCAGCUCUUCUGGCAUGACAAGAUUGCUUAUUCUAGAAAGUGUAGGAUGCUGAAG